GCACCGGUUGACGAAGUUUCGCGGGUAGCUAUUUUCUCGGAUUACCCGUCGAAGGUAUUUUACCUCGGCAACUUUAUCUCCUGGUUCGCUGCAGUGCGUCUCAACACGCCGAUAGAGCGUCCUUACGCAACUGCGUUUGGGGCUGGUUGGAGUGGUUGCUGUUUUAAUUCAUCUUUAGGCACCACAAUCUUUGCGACAGACAAGGAUCUCAAGAAAGGCAAGCUGUUUGUUCUAUUCCGCCAUCGCUGCUCUAAAACCCUGUUUGUCCGCGCCUUGGCUACGGAGUGUAACCUGCCCCUUGUCGCCGUCCAGGCAUCCCGCAUCUUCGGACGCUUCGUGGGAGACAGUGAGCGUAAUAUGCAGCGCAUCCUCAUGCACGCACGCGCCUGUGCACCAGCCAUCCUCUUCAUCGACGAGAUCGACCUGCUUUUGCCCUCUCGAAGCUCCAGUGAGUCUGGAGUCAGCGAACACGUUCUUGGAGAAGUGUUGACAGCAAUGGACGGUGUCGAGGGUCAAUGCGGCCAACUGCUUCUAAUAGCAGCCACUAACCGUCUGGAGAAUCUGGAUCCCCUUUUUGGGAAGCCUAACGUUUAG